CAGGUUCAGCUUGGACAAUACUAUCAAGAUCAUUCGCAGAGUAUUGCAUCAUUGGGUGGGAAAAUUUGCCAAGGACCCUUCUCCUCUACUACACAAACUUCGUGUCAUCCCCAGAAGGGUAUUUCCAAACGGUUAUAUGCAACUCCAAGGACUACAAGAACACCACAGCAAAUAGUGACCUACACUUCGUUGCUUGGGAUUACCCUCCAAGACAACACCCAAGGACACUAGGGCUCAAAGAUUAUAGGAAAAUGGUGUUGAGCAACCGUCCAUUUGCAAGAAAAUUCAAGAAAAAUGACCCUGUUCUAGACAAAAUUGAUAGAGAACUUUUGAAGAGGCAUCGUGGGCAAUUUUCUUUUGGGGGAUGGUGCUCAAAGGGUGGAAGAGAAUGCCCUAGUUUGAAAAGUGAGCAUUAUGGUGUUCUAAAACCUGGUCCAGCCUCCAAAAAAUUGAAAGCUCUCCUUUCGUAUACUCUCUCUCGUGAGGUUUUUCGCAAGAAACAAUGCCGCUCCUUUUUGUUGGAAGAUGUUUCGUCAACCUUUACUUUACUCUUUCUUUUCAAUGCCUUUUGACCUAUUGGAUGAGAAAUUGGUGUUGUUGGGUCAUAUUCUUCACAAUCAUUGAUGGAGGAGGCCCAUGGACUAAGGGCCC